GCAGGGCGGGGUCCUCCAGAAGAGCGCGCGCGCGGGUGGGCGGGCGCCCACGGGGUCCAGAGCGAUGGAGCCGGCCAUUCCCAGCGUCCAGGCUCAGGCCCGGCCGUCUCCACCCGAGGCGUGGCCGCCGGUGGGCUUGGAGGAGGAGCUCUAUGACUGUCCAGAUUACUACUACCUGCGUGACUUCCCGGCCUGCGGUGCCGGGCGCAGCAAGGGCCGGACCCGGCGUGAGCGGGAACUGCGCACCAACUGGCCGGUGCGCGGCGGCCACGAGCGCAAGAUCGCACAGAAGCUCCUCAAUGGCCAGCGGAAGCGUCGCCAGCGCCAGCUGCAGCCUCGGCCGCGCACCCGUCUCGCCUGAGCGCCGGAUACCCGAAGGACUUGAUAAAAAGUAUUUUCUGACUCCAGCUGUAACUGUGGUCCUAAGGGGCAGAGAGUCCAUGUUGCUCAACAGAACUUCUUUUCAACAUCGCUUAAGUUUACUUCUUCAGUAUCUUUUCCUUACUGAUUGUUAAUUAAGUAACAUCCAAGUGGGUAAGCCUUUUUAGGGUUUUUAAUUAAAAGAGAGCAGCAAGAAUGGCAUUUUAACUCUGGGUUUUUUUUUUUUUUCUUUCAGUUGCUGCGGUAACUCAU